UCUUCCAAACAUUGAGAUUUUCACCAUUUCCACUAACCGAUUCACUGGAGCAAUUCCGCGGUCAAUGUCUAAUGCAACCAAUUUAAGAUGGUUACAAACCGGUCAGAACAAACUCUCGGGGAAAAUGCCUCCUUUGGACCGCUUAAACAAUCUCGAACUAUUGUUUGUCCAGUCCAAUUAUUUGGGGAGCGGAGGAUACAAUGAUUCGACUUUCUUUUGCUCGUUGACUAACGCCACCACUCUACGGUCUUUGGACAUGCAAGACAACAGCUUUGGCGGGACGUUGCCUGAGUGCAUCGGUAAUUUCUCCAUUACUCUCUUAGAAUUGUGGUUAGGCGAGAAUCUACUGUUUGGCACUAUUCCUAGAACGGUCGGAAAUCUCGUCAACUUGGGAAGGCUUCUUUUGCACCACAACAGGUUUUCAGGUACCCUCCCCUCCAUUUUGGGAAAUCUUCAUAACCUAGUGGUAAUGAAAUUAUCUUAUAACAAGUUUUCCGGAGCAAUUCCGCCUUCAUUAGGAAACCUAGUAAAACUAGCACGACUCUAUCUUGAUCACAAUAACUUUCAUGGCUACAUUCCUUCACGUCUAUCGGAGUGCCGAAGUUUGGUAGAACUUGAUCUAUCUAGUAACAACUUAAAUGGAACCAUACCUCCAAAACUCAUAGGCCUCUCAUCACUAUCUAUACUUCUAAACUUGUCUCGAAACCAUCUCACCGAUGUUCUACCUGAAGAAGUUGGGAAAUUGAAUCUUUUGACUCAACUGGAUGUCUCUAGAAACAUGCUAGACGGCGACAUUCCAGCUAGUCUUGGCAGUUGUGUUGGAUUGGAAGUGCUCAAAAUGCAGGAGAAUUCUUUUCGAGGCUUCAUUCCUUCAUCUAUUAGUAUGUUGAGGAAUGUCAAGGAGAUAGAUCUUUCACACAACAAUUUAUCUGGUCAAAUUCCAGAGUUUUUCGAUGCAUUUCACUUCUUGGAGAUCCUAAAUCUGUCAUACAAUAACUUUGAAGGCACAUUACCGACUAUAGGAAUCUUUAAUAAUGUGAGCUCUACUUUUGUCUCUGGAAAUGACAAGCUUUGUGCAAGAAUGCCGGAAUUUCAUCUCCCGAUAUGUAGCUCUAAAAACUCAAGCCGAAAACUAAUCACUAAGUGGAAGCUCACCAUCUUGAUUUUUUUCGGGGUUCUUGGAAUAGCUCUCGUUCUUCCUCUUGUGUACUUUUGUUGGUUGAAGAAGAAGAAAAGAACAGAACCAGCUUCAAAUUCCAAAGAUGAUUCAUCAUUGAGUCUAUCUUAUGGAACUCUCCUUAAAGCAACCAAUGGGUUUUGUUCAAGUAACUUGAUUGGGGUCGGUGGUUUUGGAUCUGUUUACAAGGGAGUCCUCGAGGAGAAUGGAACAGUCAUUGCUAUAAAGGUGCUUAAUUUGAUGCUUCACAGUGCGGUGAAGAGCUUCAUAACCGAGUGCGAGGCUUUAAGAAAUGUCCGACACCGUAAUCUUUUGAAAGUCCUAACAGUAUGCUCGAGCACUGAUUACAGGGGCAAUGAGUUUAAGGCCUUGGUUUAUGAGUUCAUGGUCAAUGGCAACCUAGAAGAUUGGCUACAUCCAAGCCCAUCGCCAACUAAUGUAGAUGGGAAUGCGCAGAAAUUGAGUCUCAUCCGGAGGAUAAAUAUUUCCAUUGAUGUUGCUUCAGCAUUAGAUUAUCUCCAUAACCACCUGCAAAGUCCUGUUAUCCAUUGUGAUUUGAAGCCAAGCAACGUGUUGCUAGAUGCUGAAAUGAUUGGACAUGUUGGAGACUUUGGUUUGGCAAAGGUCGUGAUUGAAUCUACCGAUGACACUGAAGCGAGAAUGAGCUCUACUGGUGUAAGAGGAACUGUCGGCUAUGCUGCUCCAGAAUAUGGAAUGGAGAGCAUGGCUUCAAGAGAGGGCGAUGUUUAUAGUUAUGGCAUUCUCUUGCUUGAGAUGUUCACAGGCGUGAGUCCAACAAACGAAAUGUUCAGAGAAAAUUUUAACCUUCAUAAGUUCGUCAAGGAAGCCUUGCCUAAACAACACCUAGAGAUUACUGAUCCUCUUCUACUUCAAGAAAUGGGGGGCUAUAUGGGCACCGGCAGAGGUGAUGCAGCUCGUGAAUGUCUGGAGAUGGUCUAUAGAAUCGGGGUUGCUUGCUCAGUCCAAGCACGCAGAGAGCGGAUGAACAUUGCGAAAGUCGCGGCUCAGUUACAUUUUAUCAAGGAUAAACUUCAUGCAGCUGGUUUCCAAGGAUAGGUUAUAUGAACUCAGGAGUGCUUGGCGUCGGUUUCUGCAAUUUCAGUAGGUUUUUUUUUCCUCCUUCCAUGCUUAGCCCUAGAAAAGGGCGGUGCACGCUAUGUUAGUAUAGUAGAUCUAGGGAACGGCAACGGUUCUCCGAUCCCUGCCACGGCUCAAAAUGAGGACUCCAUUUUGUUUUUUAUUCAAUGAAACUCUAGUUUCAGUCCCAUCGCUGCAAGAGCUGCAAGCAGCUUUUUAAAUUUGACGACGACUCGAUGCAUUCCUUCUUCCGGGAACCUUUUCAUGUACAAUGCAUCCAGGGGCGGAGCAGGAAUUAGAGAAGCAAAUCACAUAAUCCUAUCCGGCUCCCGAAAUUGUAUUUGUAA